GCGAUUGAAUUUUAACGAUAAAUUAACACAAUUACAAUAUCGAGUAGGCAUUUCACUACACUUUCCUCAGUGGACAUCCAUCAAGCUUGACUGGGCGGUUACAUUUAUAAUUCAUAAUCUCUCAGUGUAGGCGAUUGCUGCUGUACGUAUAUGGAGUUGUCUUUCAUAAAUUACUCUGUGAGAACCAAAUAAGCGACGAAGAAAAAGAAAGACGGGGAAAAUACAGAACUUCUUCUUUUCCGGAGAAAAUAAUACUAAUUCUAAAAAAGGAUAAAAAAAAAAUAUUUAGAAGAAAAUUUCUGUUUUGGAUACACUGUUAAAACAAGCUUUUAAGUUUCCGAGGAUAAACAUUUCUAUAUAUUUUACAGACUUUGUAUCAAAAGAUGCGAUUGUUAGGGCGGCAGGAAAUAAUAGUGUAUUUAUUGGGACUUUUGUGUGCAUGUGUAUAUGGAAUGAAAAUAGACUUUUCCAGAUUAAGACAAAUUCGACGUCCAUACAUAGAAAAGCGAAAUAAUCAAUGUUCAGGUAACCCUUGCGAAGAAGAUAAACCAUUUCUUUGUCGAUCGUCACCAACAUGUAUAGCUUUAGAACAAGUGUGUGAUUCUAUUCCGCAAUGUCCUGAUGGCUUCGAUGAAAGUCCAGCUUUAUGUAAUGCUAAAAAAAGACCUUCAAUAGGAGAUCUGGAGGAUUUUCUAAUCAAAAAUGAACAUUGGAUAAUCCCUGCAUUAUUUAAUGGAGCAUCACCAGAGUUAGUAGCUCAUAGUCUGGUUGUGUCGUCAGAUUUGGAAGAGGUAAAACUUAUGGUUGGAAUGGACCCACAAACAGAAGAAAAUCUUCAUCAAGCUUUUAUGGCAGUACUGACUGGUGACGAGAGACCAUUGUUGAAAAUGGGAAUGCCUCAGGAAGAGUGGUUCGAUGUACAAUUCAUGCUGAAUAGGCUGAUUGAAGGUGGUCUUCAAGUGUGACGUAAUGUUGACGUCACAAUAUAUGCCAUAUAUUAUUCAAAAUGAUCUUCAGAAAAACAUAUUUUGUAACAAUAAAGUUUAAAAUGCAUCAAAAAUAUAUUUAUUUUGUUAAAAACAAAAUAGUGUGAUAUAGGAAUAGAAAAAAAGGAUAAAUGGUCAAGGGAAUAAUUGUCGCAUUCCAAGUGAAUUUAAAGAUUUAUUAUAAACUGAAUUUAUUGAAAAGUAAAAGUAUUAAGGGAUCUAAACCAAAAAAAGGUCGCUAACACUCAAGUAUAUAAAAGUAUUUUUUUUCUGAAAAGUUGUUUUAAGACUUAUUCUGUUGGAGUUCCGUUUGUUCAUUAACCUGACUAAAAUGAACUGAUUCUGUUAGUAAUUUUGAAACAAAACAAGACAUUGAAAUUUUUAAGAUUUUUUAUUUUUUCAAGAGCAAAACCAAAAAAUUUAAGUGUGAACUUUUUCAUUGGAAGCGAUAAUCAGUCUUGCUUUGACAGGCUAAUAUUUGGCACAUCAUUGUUAAAACAUUAUUAAUUAUGCUUUGACAAUCUCAAAUAGGAUAAGUAAUAAAAUUUAAAACAUUUUUUUAGAUGUGGUCAUUUUUGCGGUUUUUAUAUUCUCGAGAGUAACUGCCUUUGAAAUGAACUGGAUAAGAACAUACAUAGGUAUAAAAAAAAGUAUCUAAAUAGUAGGAAAACAGAGUAGAUGAUUAAUGAAGUUCGUAAUUCAUUACGUAAAGUGUCGUUUUCUUCCACAAUUUGUUUGUGCUGUUUACAGAUAACUUUUAUUAUUGGUGACGUUUACACGAGUGCUAUGGACAGAUUGCCGUCAAAUAUCAAUUUGGACAUCCUCUAGAGUUUUCAACAAGAAAUGGAAUUGAAUAAGUGUAUCGAAUUCCAGUUGAAAUAUUCCAGGGGGACAUAAUUCUAAGCUGUUAAGAAUGCAAAUCAAGAUUAUUAUUUAAACGCGUAGGUUCGUAAUUAAUUUAUGGCAACGAAAAUGUUACGUUUGCCAACCAAUAAAAUUUGCUAUCAUACAUAAACGUUUAGGAAAAUAUUUCAAAAAGUUUUCUUCUCGAUAGUUUUUAUUGAUGAUUUAUCUAAUAUUUUAGAAGUUUUGCGGAUUUUUCGCCCUUAUUGUUUUAGAUUUGUUCACAAUCACAUGUUAAUUUAUCGUAAAUAGUACUUGCUCAUUCGUAUAAUAUCAACAUCAUUAGAAAAACUUUUGCAGAUAGAUGUCAUUAUCAUUAAACUAAAAUAAACAUGUGACUACCUACAACACCGAGUGAAAACUUGUCUGCUUACGAUAUAUGGACUUUUUUAAUUUCUGAUGUCAACAUCAAAAUUGGAAAUUGAUCAACGAUGCCAUUUUUAGUCACUUCAAAUCGAAUACUGAUAGUUCAACGGAAUAUUCAGGUCGGAGUGAUUAUCACAAAUACAAUGUAAUUACUUGAUGCGUUCGAACGAAUUUCAAAGACUAUAUGCAUAUGCUGUUAAAAUCAAGCGCAGUGACGAAGGUUAAUAGUAAAAAUGGAUGUGUAUCAUCGCUAUCAAUAUCAGUUCUUCUCUUUCAUAACCAUGACUACAGUUUUGCUAUAUUUUCAAUAUAUCACAAAGUGAUCUUUGUCUUUCUUUUUUUAUUCCUUCUUCUUUAUAGAACCAAUUUGGCAUCAGAACAAUAAUUGUAAAGAAACAGUUAUGUAACUUUAAUUGAUUUAAAUAAUUUGCAGAAAAUUAUGACAUAAAACACAUUCUUCAUAUAUGGAAUUGACUUGUGUUACCUUAAUUGAAAUUUUAUCUCUGUGACUCAAUAUAUAACUGAAAAGAUUUUUUAUCAAUUUCGGAAUGAAAAUUAUAUUAUAUACUGAAAAGGAAAUAUGAGCUAUUCCGCUUCUGUCGAUCAUCCACAUCAUGCAUUAGCAAUUAAAUGUUACUGAAAUACUAUGUCUUAGUUACUGGUUAUAUUAUUUAUAUAAGUGACAAAGUGAAGGUUAUAUAAAAAUUAUUAUUUACCAAUAUUGGAUAAAAUAAGAAAUGAAGCUUGUACUUGCUGUUUGCUAGAUAACUCUGUAUCUUUUGUUCGAAUACUAAUAAAGUUUAUUUUGUUUUCA